AUGAGUGAUGCAGAAAAACAAAAACUUUUUCAAUCACUUUUUGAAAAUUCAAAUCAAGGUCGACAAGAUAAUUCAAAUUGGUGUUGUAAUAUUGAUCCUGGUGUUGAAGCUUCGGCAAGAACUCGUCAAACAACUUAUUAUGUUCAACGACAUGCACGUAACAAAUGUGGUUAUAGUGAUUGUGGUCUAUUUGGUUGGGGUAGUUGUACACGUUGGUGUGAUACAUAUUGGUCAGAAAUGCAGCAUGGUGUUGAAACAUAUACUGUUUAUCAAGCUCGUUUAUGUCCAUCAACAAAUCUUGUUUGUUGUGCUGGUUAUAUUACUGUUGUCAAUCAUUGCUUUACCUAUCAAGAAGUUAUGAAUAAUAAAGAUGUUUUAGAAAUGCUUGUUUCUAUGGGUAUUCCUAUUAAUCCAACAAUGGGUUAA